AUGUUCCUGCGACGACUUGGUGGCUGGCUCCCUCUCCCCUGGGGCCGUCGGAAACCAACGAGGCCUGACCCACCUGCCUCAGAACCCAGACAGGUGGACAGCUCCCCUGAAACUUCAGGGAGUGACUGGGACAGUGCCCCAGAAACCAUGAGAGGUGUGGGGCCUCUCAAGACUAAGGAUUCAGGGGUACCAAGGAGCUCUGGGGCUGCUCCAGAACCAAGCAGGGAGUCCCGAGUUGAGCAAGUGGGGAGUAAAAGAAUAGAUUCCCUCAAGUGGGACAAGUCUGUCUCUAGGGCUCAAGAGUCUGGAAGGCUGAAUGCUGGAGGGGCCAUUCCCAAACUGGGAUGGGAUCCUGUGGAUUCAGGCAGCACCAGGAGACCCAGGGUGUCACCUGAAGGGGGACUGAGCACUCCUGGCCCUGAAGCCCCAGUGGAGAAACCCAGCCGGCAUCAGAAGCUGCUGGGCUGGCUGCGGGGGGAGCCAGGGACUCCCUCACGGUACCUGGGGGGCCCAGAGGAGUGUCUGCAGAUCUCCACCAACCUGACCCUGCACCUCCUGGAGCUGCUGGCCUCAGCCCUGCUAGCGCUGUGCUCGCGACCGCUGCGGGCAGCCUUGGAUGCAUUGGGCCUGCGUGGGCCUCUGGGCCUGUGGUUACAUGGGCUGCUGUCCUUCCUGGCUGCCCUGCAUGGGCUCCAUGCUGUGCUGAGCCUAAUUACUGCCCACCCCCUGCACUUUGCCUGCCUCUUUGGCCUCCUGCAGGCCCUAGUGCUGGCUGUCAGCCUCCGGGAGCCCAGUGGGGAUGAGGAGGCCACUGACUGGGAGGGUGAGAGGUUGGGGAGAGAGGAUGAGGAGCAGAGGGGAGACCCAGGAAAGGGGCUGUGACCAUGGGGUGGGAUGGGGGCAAAGGGUGAAGAAAGUGUGGCCUUUAGGAGGAGAGUGGGGGGCAUGACCAGAUUGUAGGCACGGAGACCUCAGGGAUGGGGAAGAAACCCCAGAGUAUGAGGGCUCAGGGCCCCCCUUCACACAAAGGAGAGAACAAAGCUUAUCUAGGGUGUCUGUUUAUGGACAGUGGGGGCAUCGCCCUUAGAUUCACCAGCUGUUACUUUUUGCUUUUACAUUUCUCCCACCUCCAUUUUUUUUCCACCUCUACUUUUUAAAAGCCAAAAAAAAAAAAAAAAAAAAAAAGUGUGGUGGUGGAAGAAAGACCAAAGGGUCCUCUCUACCUUUCAACAUUCCCCAGGGGUGGAGGAGACCAGAGGCAGGACAAGCAGACCUCGGCAGUAAGAGGGUGGUUGGAAGACCCAAGGGAUCCUUUGGGUCUUGGGAUGUGACCCAUCUAGGGAAGAGUGGGGCUACUACGUGGGUGGACUAGGGGGUCUGGGUCCAGAUGGAGGCCCACAGGUGUCAAGGAGCCUGCAGGGAUGAUCUGGUGCCCAAGGAAGAGAGAGGGAGUGGGAAUGGUGCAGGCAGUAUUGGCGGGAGGGCCAGCUGAGAAGGGCUGGCAGCUCAGACAGGUAGUGUGGGAGAAGCACUGGAGCUAUAGUCCCCACUCAGGCACUAGGGAUUUGCUCACUCAGCAAUAAACGUGUCACACCAAAUCCUAAAUAUACCACUACAAAAUGAGA